UCCUCCGAUUUGGACGCGUUCCUCGCAUUCGAUCGUUUCCGCUCGAAAAGUGUUCCUCCCCCGCCUCGUCAUUAAUGCCAGUUGUUGAUAAUUUUCAUGCGAAUACUUAUGCCGAGCUUGGCAGCUGACAGUUUCGUUUCCAAAGUUAAAAGUUCCGCUCUAAUUUCGAUUCGCGUUUAACGCAGUGCUCACUUGUGAUAUCCGCCCCCUGUGACUCGUCGGUUCCCGAGAAAUCGAAGCAAUCCGGAUAACCCAGAUCCAGUUCCAAGUCCAGUUCUCGGUGCAGAUCCCUAACCCAACCAUGUCCAUCGCCGACAAACGCGCCUCUUUCGCGCGCCGCGCCGAAAGCCUGGUGGAGCGGGUGAGAGUUAUGAAUACCAUUUACGAGAAAUACAAUAUAAGCACUGAGAAAUGCGGGGAUCUGACUGUUAUAGUUCAGGGCGACCUGUCGCAGCAGGAGAAGCGAGCCGUAUUUAUCACGGUCCACGACUUGGGCUGCAACCACAAUUCUUUUCAGGAGUUCGUAAGCAGCCCCUGCAUGACGGAGAUCAAGGAGCGCUCCUGCUUCAUCCACGUCGAUGUCCCGGGACACGCAGACAACGCCGAGGCCCUGGCCGACAGUUUCCCGUUCCCCUCGCUUCAGGCCUUGGGCGAGGACCUGGUCACCGUGCUGGACUACCUGCACGUCAAAUACGUGAUUGGCCUGGGAGAGGGCGCUGGUGCCAAUGUCCUGGCCCGCUUCGGCCUGGCCCAUCCCAGCCGGGCACUUGGCCUCAUCCUGAUCAACGCCACUGGCAGCGCCGCUAGCGUAGUGCAGUCGUUCAAGAACAAGUUUAUUAGCUGGAAAAGCGACGAAGUGGCCCAGUCGGCUGAGAGCUUUCUGAUGUACCACAAAUUCGGACAUGUUAUGGAGCAAAUCGUGGGCGAGAAUCCGGACAAGGACAAGAUUGUGGCCGAAUACCAGAAGCGUCUCCACCGAUCCCUAAACAGCAAGAAUAUCGGUCUCUACGUCAAAGCAUUUAUGAAUCGCAAGGACCUCACUCUCAAAGGAUGCAAGGUGGAUGUCAUUUUAAUCACUGGCAUGCUGAGUCCCUAUGCCUCAAUGGUCGAGAAACUGCAUCGCGAUGUGGAGAAGGAAAAGGUCACUAUUCUGAAGAUCGAGAGGGCUGGCGAUGUUCUCGCCGAUGCUCCCGGCAAGGUGGCCCAAUCCAUUUUGCUGUUCUGCAAGGGACAAGGGCUCCUUACGUCAGUGGUGAUGCCAGGAGUGGAUCGCGGGCGCGCCUUCUCCACCGCUAGCUCAGGAUCUUUCGAGGGGGCCAACGGAUCGAGGCGCUUGUCGCGGGGCAUUUCAAUGGAGGACUACGACAAGCCCAACAUCCGCCGUCUCAGCAUCAUGAAUACUAAGCACUUCUUCGCGUUCAACAGCGUCUACAUGGACGCCCCCCCGCCUACGAAGCCUCCAAGGGGAGUGAAGUACGGCAAGGAUGAGUCCGCAGGAUGUGGCUUUCUGGUCAACGUCAUCAAGUCUCUGGGAUUCAGUGAGACCACCGAGGAGCGUCAAAAGGAAAAGCAGAAAAUAGAGCAGGAGUUUAAGCGCUCUGAUCUGCGAUUAAACGAGCUAGUGUCUCGACAUGACCAGCAGCUUACCCAGGUGCUGCCCCUGUUCAGCCAGGUGUCCUCGGAAGUGACGGCCAGUCGGGAACGGAUCCAUGCUGUCAAGGAGAACCUCGGAGUCUGCAAAAGGCUGCUCCAAUGCCGGCGCGAUGAGCUCCGAAAAAUGUGGACGGAUGCAGUUCAGCACAAAUACGUGCUGGAGAUGUUGGAGCAAAUUCAGGAGCUGCGCAAAGUGCCUCAGCGGGUGGUGGCCUAUACCGCCAAGCGCCAGUAUCUGCAUGCCAGCAAGGCCUUGACCGAUGCCCUUGCUACCCUCAAUGGGCCGCUCCAGGCCGUAGAGGGCUUGUCUGAUCUGCGGACCGACUUACAAGCCCGUCGUCAGCAACUAUAUCAGAGGCUGCAUGAGGAACUGGUCACCCAAGUGUAUACCAACUCAGCGAACGAGGCACUCUCCUCGUUUCAACGCAGCAACUCCAGUCGGUUGAAUUCCAGUUUUACUCGAGGAAUAGGAGCACGCCGAUCUACGGAUCGCAUCGAGGCCAAUGCUCGAGUACGCAAAGCUCUGGCAGAAAUGGCACAGAGCUUCGAUUUGGAUAAGACCGAGGUUAUUGAAGACGCGGAUCUUAUUUACCCGGAGCUGAGCAUGAGCUACUUCGUUGCCAUCAUAGUGGAGUCGUUCGGAAUGCUGCACAAGGUUCCAGACUCCCUAGAAACGCUGCGCGUUCAAAUCCAAACGGAGUUGCUCAAUGUUGUCCGGCAUACAACGCAUCAGUUGUCUAUGAGUGGAACAACUGCAGAGACCAAUCCGCUCCUUACACUACUGGAGAUCAUAUUUAAGCAGUUCAAGGCCAUCGCCAAAACGCAUACCUUAUUGCUAAAGAACUAUUUGUCAGUCGGCCAAAAGUACUCUGUAGUUGGUCCCCAACCGUACGACCUGACGGACUUCUGGGCCCAGGCCCAGUCAGUGUUGCAACUGCUGCUCACUGACUACCUGGAUAUACAGAACGCUGCCUCAGACGAAUGUGCCCAGACGGGUUUUUCAGAGCCCACUAGCAACAUAAAUUCCUAUUUCCUAAGGCGAAAGGUGCCAAGCACCAAACGCUCAAUGUUCAAGUUCGACAAGUCCUCGCAUGUUGGCAGCUGCAACAAUAGUGACUCCUUUAAGGAGCAUCGUCGCAAUGCCUCAGAUGCCUCCGUGGACGAUAAUCUGGGCGCCCAGCUCGGAGGAAGUGGCAAAGGCUCAACUAGUGGUCUUUUCCCUCACGAGAAGAAGCAGCGGGAGAAAUUACUGAUUUGUACUCCCGAUCAAAAUAUCAUAACCAAAGUGUACCUACCUCUAAUGGGAUAUAUCAAGGAGAUAGAGAACUUUAUGAAGUGCAAGCCAGGGCAACCCUGCAGUCUGCAUGACUUUUUAGACAACUAUAUUAAGGACACAUUCCUUUCCAAGGGCCACAACCGUAACCUGCAGCUGACCAUCGAGUCGCUUUCGAAGAAUCAAGACGCAUGGCGAACUAUUAUUAGUCCUGAGGAGAUCAAGGCCCUCCACCUGAACAGACCCUUGUUGCAGUCCACAGUGAUGGUCGAAAGGAGGUUAAUGGAGACUAAGAACCUCAUCCAAGACCUGCCCUGCUACUCUGAAGACCUGCUUAAAAUGGUGUGUGCUCUUCUGAAGGCCUAUCGGGAAAUCUGCCAGGCUGCCUACCGUGGAAUCGUGCAACCAGAUUCAGAAGAUAAAAGAAUUUACAGUGUAGCCUGGCUUAAGGAUGAAGACAUAAGCAGAUUUUUAAAAACGCUCCCGAACUGGACGGACUUGAAGACCUCUAGUCAGAAGUCACGUCAUAACCGGAAGCUUCAUCGUGGAAGUUUUGAGCCUUCUGAGGAGGAAAGUCCGUUGCAGGUGCAGCAGCGCAACAUCCGAGAGGCUGAGAUGCUUACAAGUAACUUGGGCGAAGGUGGAAUCACCCAGCAAGAGAUUCUGGUCGAGAUCAGUGUGCUUAAGGAGCUGGCCAUACUGCAGGAGAGCAUGGAGUGGUUUUCGUGCCGCGUCUCAGAGUUUGCAAAUGAUUUGCGCCGCCCGUUGGUUAAUGGACUAAACGCUGCAUCUGCUGAGUGCAAUGCCGACAUCGCAGUAAAGGAUGGCACGAUCAAAGUGAUGACUAACCUGGCUUUGGAGUUCGAUGAGCUGGCAAAUACCUGUCUAUUGGUUCUCCAUCUCGAGGUCCGCGUUCAGUGCUUCCAUUAUUUGCGUUCGAAGUCCAGUGUCAGGGCCAACAGCUAUGUGGGUUCCAAGGAUGACAUCUUAGAGCCUGAUCGUCAAGUGCAAGUACUCACCAAACGGCUCUCUGAAAUGGAUGAGGCGUUCAGUGCGACUCUGCAUCCAAGAAAAACUAGGUACAUUUUUGAGGGACUUGCACACUUGGCGUCGCGCAUACUUAUCCAAGCCUCCAACUAUCUGGAGCAUAUCGAUCAAAUAACUGUCCAACGCAUGUGCAGGAACUCAAUCGCCUUGCAGCAGACUCUGAGUAACAUAACUGCCUCUAGGGAAGUGGCUUUAGAUCAGGCCAAGCAGUUUUAUGAGCUUUUAUGCAUGGAACCAGAUGAAAUACUCAAUGUGUUGCUGGAACGGGGCACUCAGUUCUCUGAAAUGCAGUUGCUUAACGCCCUGCAAUUGUCGUGCAAGUCCUUUGGUAUAACUGACGCCAAUCUCUUGGCUUCCUAUCAGCAAAAGCUAUCAGACAUUCUAGGCGCGAAGCCUUCAAAAGGUGUUGUUGUGUAAUAAUCGUUGUAUCCAGCUGAGAAACCAAUUUUAAUAUCCAUUCAUUUGGGCAUUAGGUGUAAGUGCAAAAUGUGUGUUAGUAUUAAGCUCAAAAUGAUUAUGAAUGUUCUGAACAUGUUUGGCGAGCACUUGGUGUUGCGAUGUAGACGUUUAUACAGAUACAUAUUCUAAAGUUCAUUAACGGUACUUUAAUGGCGUAUACACAAUAAAUGAAAAUUUAACAACGA